UUAAUUUUCAGUUUUUUUCCUGUUUGUUAAACUGAUGGACGACACAUGGCAAAAGAAAUUUUAAACCUUUCUACCCUUCUUCUCCCUUUCCGUUUCUCUACCGCCAUUUAUUUGUCAUAUUUUCUCUUUUUAUUUUUAUUUCUCUUUCUCCCACUUCCCACUGUCAGUUACUUGUCAACUGCCGGUUAUUUGCCGUCGCGGACUCACCGUUGCGGUGUCCCCUCUUGCCACGAGCUUUGUAUUAUUGUCGAACAAACAAGAUGUCAGUGCUUAUGGUGACGAGUUUAGGGGACCUGGUUAUCGAUUUGCAUACCUAUAAGUGUCCCUUAACCUGCAAGAACUUCUUGAAGCUUUGCAAGAUUAAAUACUACAAUGGCUGUCUAUUUCACACCGUUCAAAAGGAUUUUACUGCACAGACCGGUGAUCCAACUGGAAUCGGCACCGCUGGCGAUUCUAUCUUCAAGUUCCUUUAUGGUGAUCAAGCUUGGUUUUUCAAUGACGAGAUUCAUAUUGAUCUAAAGCAUUCCAAGACUGGAACUGUUGCCAUGGCAAAUGCUGGAGAGAAUAUGAAUGCUUCACAGUUCUAUAUAACUCUACGUGAUGACCUUGAUUACCUUGAUGGAAAGCACACUGUAUUUGGCAAGGUAGUUGAAGGAUUUGAGACUUUGACUAGAAUAAAUGAGGCUUAUGCAGAUGGAAAGGGAAGACCAUUUAAAAAUAUUAGGAUCAAGCAUACUUACAUCCUUGAGGAUCCUUAUGAUGAUCCUCCUCAGCUACCUGAGUUUAUUCCUGAAGCUUCACCUGAGGGAAAACCUAAGGACGAGGUUGAUGAUGAAGUCAGGCUUGAAGAUGAUUGGGUGCCUAUGGAUGAACAAUUAAACCCAGGAGAGCUGGAAGAGGUUAUUAGAUCAAAGGAAGCACAUUCUAGGGCAGUUGUGCUUGAGAGUAUUGGGGAUAUUCCUGAUGCUGAGGUUAAGCCUCCAGACAAUGUACUAUUUGUCUCUAAAAUGAAUCCGGUGAUCGAGGAUGAGGACUUGCAUACAAUAUUUUCUCGCUUUGGAACUGUAUCAUCGGCUGAAAUCAUCCGUGAUCAAAAUAGUGGUGACAGUUUAUGCUAUGCUUUUAUAGAGUUUGAAGACAAACAUGCAUGUGAGCAGGCAUAUUUCAAGAUGGAUAAUGCUUUGAUUGACGAUCAAAGAAUACAUGUAGAUUUUAGUCGAAAUGUUGCAAAACUGUGGUCACAAUACAACAGGAAAGAUAAUAAGGCUGGUGGUUGCUUCAAAUGUGGUUCCACAGAUCAUAUUGCUAAGGAUUGCACUGGAGAUGCUACGGUGAAACAACCCACAAAAUAUAUCUUGAAGGACAAUAAUGCCCAACGUGGUGGACAAAAUGUGAGAUAAGAAAUGGUUUUUGAUGGAGAUAACACGAAAAGUCCGAGAGAAACGAAACACCGAAGACAUAACAAAGAUGACCUAGAUGAUAAAAGAGGCAGGAAAGAAAUUUUUAAAGAUGAUAGUCUCUGAAGUACGGGUACUUCUAAAAUGAUAAAAUACCGGUACCGGGUUCACGUAUCGUAUUCGUGGUAUUUUAAUUUUUCUAAAUAUUCGAUUUUGAGUUAAAUUUGUGAUUAUGUCUGUUGAUAUUUGUAAAUAUAUAGUGUUAACUUAAAAAUAUUUGUAUAUAGAAUAGUCUCACAUCGACUAUAUCAUGUAAUUACCUGGAUUCUCUCUAUAUAUAAUAAAGUGUCCGUAGUUCUUACUAAC